AUGAUCGCCAAGGGUCAUCACGCUUUGCGAUUGGUUGAAGAGCCGGAAUUCAAAAAGCUUAUUGAUGAUGUCUCGCACGCUCCAGGGUAUAAGCUUCCCACAAGAAAGACGUUAACCACCUCUUUGAUACCCAAAGUUCGUGAUGAACUUUUGGGACAAAUUUUGGACAAUUUGCGAAUGGCCACUGCGGUAUGUCUAACAACAGACGGCUGGACAUCACUCAGCAAUGAGAGCUAUAUAGCAGUAACUGUGCACUACAUAAAUCAGGAUAAAACAGUGCUACAAUCACACACCAUUGCUUGCGAGGCCUUUGAAGAGUCACACACUUCAGAAAACCUUUUUGGUUUCCUCAAAAAAAUUGUUGGCAAGUGGGAGUUACAAAAUAAAGUAAUGGCUAUAGCUUCGGACAAUGCCCACAACAUUGUUGGUGCUAUAAAAUUGGGCAAUUGGAAACAGGUGAGGUGUUUUGCGCACUCUCUAAACAUCAUUGUUCAAAAGGCUUUGGAGAAAAUCAGCAGUGUGCGCACGAAAGUAAAAGCUAUCGCAGAGUACUUUAACCGUAGCUCAUCAGGGCUAAAAAAGUUAAAGGACAUGCAAGCUAUGUUUAACUUGCCACAACUGAAACUCACGCAGGAUGUGCCCACAAGGUGGAAUUCCACCUUCAAAAUGUUUCAACGACUGUCGAUGUUGAAAGAGGCAGUUGUAGCAGCCCUCUCCACACGGACGGACCUUAUUUUGUCCCCAGAAGACUGGAGUUUGAUAGAAGGUGUACUUCCAAUUUUACAGCCCUUCUAUCAACUAACGGAAGAGAUCUGCGCGGAAAAAAACGUGACGCUAUCAAAGAUAAUUGUCUUAGUUGGGUUGCUGCAAAAAAAAAUGGUGACACUAAAUGCGUCUAUUGCAAGCCAUACUUUGCAGGAGGUUGUCGAGACGCUCAUUUUUGAAAUGGAUGGCAGAUUCAGAGAGGUGGAAACAAAUGUUUUGUACGCAGAAAGCACCAUUCUGGAUCCAAGAUUUAAAAGACGAGUAUUUAAAUCAGCAGAAGCCUUUCAAAACGUGGUUUCUGACAUAAAAAAAAAAACUGACAAAAAUGCGCACCGUUGUCGCACUGAAUGA